AUGAAAGGCCUCUCUGAGCAAGUCCGCAACAACUUCAUCAGAGACACUAGUAUUAGGCUUCAAGAGCGCUUGGCCAGAGAGGCUGAGGAACGAUCUAGGAAGGAAGCUGAAGAGAAAGCACGCCAAGAAGAAGAAGAACGGAUCAUAGAAGUUGAAGAGAAGGUUGCUGCUGAUGUUGAGGCUGAGACAAAAGCUAAAGCCAAAGCUGAAGAAGCAACUCGUAUUGCUGAAGAAGAAGCUGCCAAGGCCAAAGCUGAUACACUGACUCGGGGGGAGAACUCCAACUCUGGGUUUGUCCCUCUGGUCUUGAAGACUCUGGAGGAACUGCAGAAAGAACAACAAGUAGUUCGGGCUAGGCAGGAUCAACAGGAUUCUGUCAACAUCAACAUUCAGAACAUGCUAUCCCAGCUGCUCCAAAAGAUGCCUCCGUCCCCAAACCCUUAG